ACAUACGAUACAGCCAUACAGACAUACAGUAUGAAGUAAUUCUGAGCAAUCAAAACUUCCCUUUCAAGCCCAAUCCUCUUUUCUCUCUGUCUGAUUUUCUUACCAAGCCAUUUCCCAACCCUUCCCUGUAACGCCAAAACCGCUCUCCACUUCGUCAUUCUUGGCCUCUCACUUCCACUUUACUCUCUAUUUUCCUGGCUCGUGAUGAACAGAGAGUAAUGGGUUCUUGCGCUUCUGUUCAUAGAAACACGGAGACGGACAUGAAAUUCAAACUGUCACUUGGAUCCAAAGCUGACAAGCUUGUGAUUCCCCCAUCACCCAUCAAGGAAAAGCCCUGCAAUGACAACUUCCGGGUCCACGGUGGCAAAGAGGAAACAUUUUUUGAUUCCAAGCCUUGGUUAGACUCUGAUGGUGAAGAUGAUUUCUAUAGUGUCAAUGGUGAGUUUACCCCAUCUCGGGGCAGCACUCCAGUUCACCACUCUCCUGUGAACUCCGGUGCCAAGAAAAGCCCUUCUGAGAAUAGAAAUCCCAGUUCACUGCCAGAGCCAUCUCCAACAGAAAGGAAGAAGAAACUUGUAGAGCUUUUUCGAGACAAAGAUGAGGCUGAGGAUGAGAAGAAUACCUCCGAGACCCACAACAUGGGCGAUAAAAAGGAAGUUAAAACUACUAUGCAUGACUUGCUUCCAAAAUCUGCACAAAGUACCCCAUAUAUCUCAGGGGCUAACUCUCUGUGUAGCAGUGAAAGAAGCAUGAAUGAGGACCCUUUGUCCAUCAAAGAAAAAUCAGGUAAGUCUGUGCAGUGCUGCCUUCCGAGCUUGGCUUCAUGUCGUAGCUUUAGUGAGAGGAGGAGGAAGAUGAGUCCUGCAAUAGCAGCUAAUGGAAAACCUUGACCACGAUUAUAUAUUGUAGUCUUGUCACAGAAGUGACUUUGACAUACUGUACAAGGUAUAUGCGACUCAAUUGGCAUUAUAUGAUUAUGUACCUCUUAACAUUUCCCUGUAAAGAAACCUUAUAAUAUUAAUUUUGAGAGCAUUUAAAACUUCUGACUGAA